AUGCAUGUAUCAAGUCACUCAAGUUCAAACCGUCAAAGUUACAACAUUGCUGUAGUAGGUAGUGGUGGCAUCGGUAAGUCAGCCAUCACGAUACGAUUUAUACAGUCAAGAUUCACAGACGAAUACGACCCAACAAUCGAAGAUUCCUACAGGAAACAACUAACUGUAGACAACGCUAAAUAUACAAUAGAUAUUCUAGAUACUGCUGGCCAGGAAGAAUAUUAUAUGAUGCGGGAACAGUAUAUGAGGAAUUGCGAUGGAUUCCUCUUGGUUUAUUCAAUUUCGUCAAUGCAAUCUUACGAUGAACUACUGAACUUCUACCAUCAGAUCUUAAGAGUAAAAGAAGUGGAAUAUAUCCCAAUAGUCGUAAUCGGGAACAAGUCUGAUUUAGAAAGUGAGAGACAGGUUUCGUUCAAAGAAGGAGAACAAAUGGGCUGCAACAUCUCAGGACCCUUUUUCGAAACUUCUGCCAAGUAUGGUUUAAAUAUUGACGUUGCUUUUCAAUCCUUGGUAAGACUACUAAGAGAUAACGGAGGUGAAUAUAACAAGACAAAUGAUAUCGAGAAUGCGGCUAGUUCUGUUUCUUCAAGUUGUAUAAAUGAAGAAAUGAUUGAUGCUAAAAUAAACAACAGCCAUAUCAAAGAAAUUGAUGUAUGUAGUUCUGAAAGUUCGAGUAGUCAAAAAAAAGUGAUACAGGGCGGGUCAUCACAGAAACUGGAGAACAAGAGCGCUAUGGGUAUAAGAAAAAGGCAACAACAGUCACAGAACAGCAAUGAUGGAUCUUCUAGCUCUUCAUCAAGUGACAACUGUUGUGUAAUUUGUUGA